AUGGUGCACCCGGACCUCUUUACGUUGGUGGUGUGUCUCAAGACCAUGAGCCUGUUGGGCGUUUGGAUGGGGCGAGAUGAGAGGGGUGGAUUUGUAACAUCGAAGCUACAGGGAAAAGGUAUAGCACCCCAAGACCUCGGUCUCCCCUCCAAAUCAUCUUCAUCCUCCUCCCCAUCGACCUCUUCAUCUGCACCAUCCUCAAGACACCGCAGACACAGGGAUACCGCCGAACCCGAAAGCUCUCAACUAUCUUCCAGCCGAUCGGGUAAGCCACCCUCCAGAAAGCCAAAGUCGAGUGAUGGUGGUAAUGAAGCGUCGCAGGUCGGUAGAAGAGGUGGCGAUGAGGGUCGAUCUGCCGAUGGGAGCGGGAGGUCACGAAGAGGAGAUGAAGGGAGGGAGGAGCCGAGGAGAAGGGAGAGGUCUAGUAAGAGGGGUCCCCCGGCGGGCGAUGAUGCCUCUGGAGACAAGACUUUUUCUACCGAACGAAGCAACAUCAGCGAGCCCGAUACUUCAUCAGACGAGGGCUCUGACGCAGCUCCUGCAGGCGGGUACCGUGGUGAGACUGAAGGCAAGAACAAAGACGACGAGGCAAAGAAGAAAGAGGGGGAGAGAAAGAAGAAGAAAGAUCAAAGGAAGAAGCGUUCGGAUGGGGAUAGCAAUACUCGCUCAACCUCCUCGACCACCCCGUCGACGCCUACGUCUUCAGCUUUGUCAUUGUCCGGGGACUCGGAACCUCGCAGCGAAGCUACCACACCAACUUCUGCAUCCUCUUCCUCUUCGUCGUCUGACUCCAACUCCGAUAGUACGCCAAACUCCCCAGCCACUUCCACGCCAGACACCCCAUCAUCCAUUUCAUCCAACUCGACCGACUCUCAACCUCCCACACCCGAACCGACCCCGUCACCCACAUCCUCAAGGACCGAUAAAAAAAACGGAAACCGAGACGGAGCUCCAACCGGAGACGAAGAGGAGAGGGGCUACUUCCCAAACCGCAACGCCGAUUCUCGCGGAUUCAAAGGUAAUCUCUUGCCCAUCCGGAAGAAACCCCCAGAACCUCGUGAGGGCGCACGUCGACACUGGGGUGGAGAUGGAAGGGAAAGAGGGGGAGGGGGAGCAAGAGGAGGAGAAGGAGGGGAAGGGGGGGAGUAUCAGCCAAACCAGAACGCUGAUUCUCGGGGGUUCAAAGGUAAUCUCACGCCUAUCCGCAAACGACCACCGGAACCUCGUGAGGGUGCACGUCGGGGCCAGAGGGAAGGAGGGGGAGCAAGAGGAGAAGGGGCGAGGGAAGAGUACAUCCCGCCCGCGAACGCCGACUCUCGAGGGUUCAAAGGUAACCUGCCCCCUAUUCGCAAACGACCCCCAGAACCUCGAGGAGGCGGACGUCAACCUCGUCCCGGUGGUGGGACGCAAGGAUGA